CAGUAGCAGAACUGCACGUCUUACAAGACAGCGAUGGCUUUUCCUCUAGAGUUUGAAUAUGGAGGCCACAGGGACAGAUGAAGUAGAAAAGAUAAAAUCAAAGUUUAUGUCUGCAUGGCACAACAUGAAAUACAGUUGGGUGUUGAAAACAAAAACUUACUUCAGUAGAAACUCUCCGGUCUUUCUGCUGGGAAAAUGUUACCACUUCAAAACUGACGAAUCUGGUGAACUCUCUACAGAUGGAUCCAAUUUUGAUAAAAUCAAAACGGAGAUUUCAGGAAAUGUUGAGGAGUUUCGUAAAGAUUUUAUUUCUAGAAUAUGGCUGACUUACAGAGAGGAAUUUCCUCAGAUAAAAGGGUCUGCAUUAACAACAGACUGUGGCUGGGGUUGCACACUGAGAACUGGUCAGAUGCUGCUGGCUCAAGGUCUUAUGCUUCAUUUUCUUGGUAGAGCCUGGGUCUGGCCAGAUGCAUUGGACAUUGACAAUUCAGAUUCCGAAUCGUGGACAGCCCACACAGUGAAAAAGCUGACAGCUUCAUUCGAGGCAUCGCUUACGGCAGAAGGAGAACCCAGGAUCCUGUCCCAUCAUCCUCAGGGAACAUUAAAGAGAAACUGCGAUGCCAAUGAAAUGAGAAAUGAAGUUUAUCACAGGAAAAUAAUUUCUUGGUUUGGCGACUCUCCGCUGGCAGCUUUUGGCUUACAUCAGCUCAUCGAGUAUGGAAAGAAGUCUGGAAAAAUCGCUGGAGAUUGGUAUGGGCCUGCAGUUGUUGCACACAUUUUGAGAAAAGCUGUUGAAGAAGCAAGAGACCCUGAGCUACGAGGAGUAACAGUCUAUGUUGCUCAGGACUGUACAGUCUACAGUUCAGAUGUUGUUGACAGACAGUGUUCUUUCAUGGAUUCUGGAAAAGCAGACACAAAAGCUGUAAUUAUAUUAGUUCCUGUGAGACUCGGUGGAGAGAGAACGAACAUGGACUACUUGGAGUUUGUAAAGGGAAUUCUAAGCCUGGAAUAUUGUGUUGGUAUUAUUGGUGGCAAACCCAAGCAGUCGUAUUACUUUGCUGGAUUUCAAGAUGACAGUUUGAUUUACAUGGAUCCUCAUUACUGCCAAUCUUUUGUAGAUGUCAGCAUAAAGGAUUUCCCUCUUGAGUCAUUCCACUGCCCUUCUCCCAAAAAGAUGUCAUUCAGAAAGAUGGACCCGAGCUGCACGAUAGGAUUUUACUGCAGAACGGUGCAGGACUUUGAGAAGGCGUCUGAGGAAAUAUCGAAG